UAAGCUGUAGUAGAGUAGCGAGCUGUAGUAGGAGGGAAUUCCUUCCUUCUUGGUUGUGUUCCCAGAAACACAGCAACGAUAUUGCUGGUGUUGAACCGUUCAACGCGUGAUAAGACUGCACUGGGAGCUCACCGAUAACCCAAUUUGCGGCGCUGCCGGUCGAAGCAAGCUAAAAUGCUGAUCUUCAAUGCCAGCAUGGCGGUCACCACCGUAAGCUGCUGCUCCUCGCUAUUCUGCAAACCGUGAGAGAAACAGGACUUUGCUAUACGUGCAGACCCAAGCAGCAAGGAUGGAUUCCUAGCAUCGAGUGUGGCUGGUGAUAGAGAGAUCUGCGGAGCAGCACUGAGGACAUGGCCACCCAUACCUGGGCUAGCUCAAGCAUAGCAACAGCUUCCGAUGCUGUCAAGGUUCAGUCCAGCGUACACCCUAUGGUACAGUCGUUCGUAGUUGGAGCAUUUAGUGGGACAUGCUCCACAAUCAUUUUCCAGCCGCUAGACUUGGUCAAGACGAGGAUCCAAGCACCAGCGACUGUCGGGCAGGUACAUCCUGGCAUGGUGAUGUUUGUUGUCAAUCUAGUGAAGAAUGAGUCACCACUGGCUCUGUGGAAAGGACUCACUCCUUCCUUGAUUCGAUGCGCACCUGGCGUUGGCAUAUACUUUUGUUCCCUACACGGUCUCAAGAGUGCUUUCGGAAGCACAGGUUCUGGGGGUCUGGAGAGUAUGAUGUUUGGAGCAACAGCAAGGAGCAUAGCGGUGUUACUGCUGCUGCCAUUUACCGUACUAAAAACUCGCUUUGAGAGUCAGCAUUACAAAUAUGGGAGCAUUCAGAAGGCCUUUCACCACAUCUAUAAGCAUGAGGGCAUGAAGGGUCUGUACAGUGGCCUACUCGCUACUCUGCUUAGAGACUGCCCGUUCUCUGGUCUCUACCUCAUGUUCUACAAACAAACGCACAACCUUGUACCGAAGCAAACGAUGGAGGGCCAGUAUGUGCCCCUGGUGCACUUUAGCUGUGGCAUAGUGUCGGGAGUUCUGGCCUCCGCCGCCACCCAACCUGCAGACGUCAUCAAGACCAAAAUACAGAUAUUCCCUGGAAGGUUUUCCUCCGUAACACACGUCGUUCGCUACGUAUACAGGGUGUAUGGCAUUCAGGGAUAUUUCAAGGGACUUAUUCCCAGAACGAUGAGGCGAACAAUGAUGGCUGCCAUGGCUUGGACCGUAUAUGAACAGGUAAUGUCAAAUUUCGGAUUGGGCCAAAACUGACACAACUAGGUGGACGUGAUCUUCCGGGAUGUGGAUGAACCGUAGUGUCUUUAUUCACACACAGUCAACAUGGUUUGAAUGCACUCGUCAUGCCUCGCCUCGCAGCGCGGGCAUCGUACUUCUGUUAAACCUCGUCUGUGCGACUUGAAAUCAUAGCCUGAAAUCAAUGCGAUUGCCACGCCUCGUUGAAUUUGUCAUUCGAAAAAGUACUGGUACCAGUGAAAAUUGUAAUUAAUAACAUUAAGUGUUGGUGUCUGCUUUGCAAUGGUCAUGUUGGCAGAUUGCACUGUCAAAGAGUAAGGUGGUAAUUUAGUUGUUGGUAAUGUGGUCCAUUGCCGGCGGAUUAGAUGUAUACUGACGCAUAUCAACCUAUGCGAUACGGCCGAGGAAAUGAAGACAAAGAGGAUUCCUCCAAGGUUUACCGGUUUGACGUGAAUGCUGUAUUGUCUCUGUAGCCCUGGCCCCUUAGUCUACAUCACAACCACUUUGAUAAUUGAAGCAGCUGCUUUAGGCUUUAGCAAUGAGAUUGUUGCUGUCAGACUGUGAUUACGUGGUUGUGACUGGAGGCAUAAGGGGAGAGAGGGUCACAGUGUGACAACUUGCUUGUGAUGACAGAUGUUCCCGGUGAGACGUAUAUUUAUAGCAGCGAGGCUUCACACUGUUUUUUGCUGCUGAUAGCCAAUAGAUUAGCUAACUGCGGGCAUUGUGCACAGCUUCAUGUAAACGUGCCUUUACUACCGGACAGUAGAAGCUAGUCCGUUAGUCAAAGUCUCUCACUUUGGGUUUAUUUUACGUUUUGGGAUUUUCUAAAUGUAGAUGUGCAAUAAUUAUUGGUUUAUUUUUUUAUAACAGAUAUUUUUUGUAGCUUUUCCCUAUUGGCUGGUGACUGUGUGGGUGUAUGUUGUCAGUGAAGUAUUUUCUGCUGUGCGCUACACCAAUGGUCCUAAAUAUAUUUAACACAAUUGUGAAUGCACGUAUUUUUACAUUAGAAAUAUUGUAUAUGCGGAUGUUCCCCUCAGCUGGAAAAUUAUAUCUAUUUUUGUAGACGUGUUCGAAUUUAACCGAUCACAAAUUCAAUGGUUUUCUAGGCAAUGUAUUAUAGAUGGAACUUAGUCUGCAUAUACAAUUAUUCAAAUGUGAUGUGUUUAGUGUUCAUUUAUUAUAUAUUUUUAAUGCUCAACAAUCACUAAUAACAUUUCGAAGCAUAAAAGUAGAGCUGUUGACUUAUUUAACAAACAUAACUAUAUUUCUCAUGUACAGGAUUGUAAAUUAUAAUGCAAUCAAUUGUUGAAAUUUUAACAAUUGUCUGUGGUUUUCUCAGUCAGCUAAUGUAUACAUAAUUUAAAACUGAUUAUAGAUAUUAUACGUUA